AUGGCACGCAGGGAUAUUUCUUAUAUGAUUCCGGUCCGUCCGCCAAAACGUUUUCAAUCGUCAGCCAAUAUCAAAUCAGAUCGACUGAGAAAAGGAGGUCUAUUGAAAGGCCAAUUUUUAUUUGCGCCUGAAAUAUGUAUACCCGAAGAUGAAGUUUUACCAUCAUGUUCAGAAUCUACAAUUAAAACUACAAAGAAUUCAUUACCAUUAGCAAAGCGAACUGUACAUGAUGAUAAUAAUGAAUCUAUUUCGACGUUACGUCGAAGUCAACGUCAAAUAAGCAAACAAAUAGCUAUAACAAAAUAUAAAUCAGCAACAUCGUUUGAUUCCUAUAUUGAAAGACAAUGUGAAGAUGGCUUGGAAGCUCGCGAUACUAAAACUAUUAGAGGACGUGGUGUUUAUACGACAAGAAAAUUUUUUCGUAAUGAUUAUAUUGUUGAAUAUGCUGGAGAAUUAUUAACACAACAUGAAGCUCGACAACGGGAAAGUUUAUAUGGGCGUAAUCAUAAUAUCGGCUGUUAUAUGUAUUAUUUCAGAUGGGGAGAAAAAGUCUUUUGUGUGGAUGCUACUGAAGAAACAAAUCGACUCGGUCGUUUGAUAAAUCAUAGUCGAAAAAAUAGCAACUGUCAACCCAAAGUAUUCGUUGUAAAAGAUCAACCACGUCUGAUUUUAGUUGCAUUACGUGACAUUGAAAUAGACGAAGAGCUAUAUUAUGAUUAUGGUGAACGUCGUAAAGAUAUUGUUGAAGCAUUUCCUUGGUUAAAUGAAUAA